GCCAUGUGGGUGUUUAUUAGACUUCAAUGUUUCAACUCCACGUGGUUGCUUUCCUAAAGUUAGAACAGAAAACAGAAAAUGGCUACAAUCUAUCAGACUUUGGAUAAGGAAUGAAGAGUUUCUCAAGCCAAUAAAGACUGCUCUGUGAACACAACUGUGGGGGUCAGGGAUGAGCCAGUUGAAGACAGAAGAGGCUGGUUUCUCACUGGGCUCUGACGCCACUGAGAGUGUCUUUCGCUCUGUGACAGAGGCUGAAGUAAGUCUGGACGAAAUGCUGAGCCUCGCUUGUCGCCAGGGGAAACAAGACAUAGUCGAACUGCUGUUGGAGAGCGGAGCGAAUGUGAAUCAUCGCAAUAAAGCCGGGAACACCCCCCUUCUGGAAGCCUGUAGUCAAGGUCAUGUGAGCAUUGCCAAAUUACUACUCGAUCGGCAUGCCGAUAUAGACGCACCUACGGAGACUACCUUCGACAGUGCCCUCACCUGGGCCUGCACGCUCGGGAACAUCGAUAUUGUUACCAUUCUCCUUGAGCAUAAAGCCAAUGUUGAGCACCGCACGAAAGACGGAUGCACUGCACUUAUGUUUGCUGCCCUAGCCGGCCACGAGAAAGUUGCUCGGCUCCUACUGGACCACAAGGCCAAGAUCAAUGUCGAGUCAGACAGCAACAAGGAUAGCCCUCUCACCUUUGCCUGUUGGAAAGGCCAUCAGAAGGUGGUGAAGCUGUUCCUCGAGCGAAAGGCCAAUAUUGAGCAUCGUACAAAGGAGGGUUUCAGUCCUCUGAUGUUUGCUGCUUUGGGGGGGCACACUCAGGUUGCAGAGCUGCUCUUGAAGCACAAGGCCGAGGUGAACACCCCAAGUGGGAGUAACAACGAUAUCCCCUUGACGAGUGCCUGCUGGAAGGGUCACCAUCAGGUGGUCCGGCUACUCUUGCAGCAUAGCUCUGAUAUUGAGCACCGGACCAAGGACGGAUGCACUCCACUCAUGCUGGCUGCUAGGGAAGGCCAUCUCUCUGUUGCCAAGCUGCUCCUAGAGCACAAUGCCAAGGUGAACGUGCCCUCAGGGAGUGAGAACAACAUUCCCCUGACACUGGCGUGUUGGAAGGGCCAUCGCGAUGUGGUGGACCUGCUGUUGGACAAUGCCUCCAACAUUGAGCACCAGAACAAGGCCGGAUGCACACCUCUCAUGCUCGCAGCAAGGGAGGGUCACCUGAAUGCCACCCAGCUGCUACUGGACUCUGCUGCUCAGAUCGAUGUACCCUCGGGUAGCAACGAUGACACCCCCCUCACCCUUGCUUGUUGGAAGGGCCACGAUGACGUCGUGCAGCUGCUCAUUGAGCGACUCUCCUCAGUGAACCACCAGACCAAGACUGGCUGUACCCCUCUCAUGGAGGCAACACGGGAGGGUCAUGUGGGUGUGGCCAGACUGCUGCUCGAGGCGGGGGCAGAUGUGGAGACACCAGACAACUAUGGCCAGAGUCCAUUCUUCAUGGCCUGUUGGAAAGGUCACGCCGUCGUGGCCGCACUCUUGCUUGAGUAUGACGCUAACAAGGACUGCCGCACUAAGACAGGGAUCACACCCCUCUUCCAGGCUUGCCGGGAGAACCAUGUGGAUGUGGUGAAGCUCCUCCUGGACUACGGCUGCAACUCUAGCACUCCAUUCCCCAACAGCAGGGAGUGUCCUUUGACCCUUGCCGCUGAGAAGGGCUACACUGAUCUGGCAGAGCUGCUCCUUGCACGUGGUGCCAAUGUUGAGACCCGCACUAAGAAGGGAUGCUCACCUUUCUUCCUGGCCUGCAAAGAAGGCUUCACUGGGAUCUCCAUCAUGCUUGCCAAUAGCGGGGCCAGCAUUGAGGCUCCUGACCAGCGAGGCACCACCCCUCUGCUAGCUGCCUAUAAGAACGGCUGUGUGGAGGUAGUGGAAUGGCUACUGGCUCAUGUGGCACACCUGCCCUCAGAUCAGGACUGCCAGAAGGCUCUCAUGUCCCCCAUGCCAGCCGACACUGAUCUACUCCCUCAGAGAUCAAAGUGCCUUGAGCUGAUCAUGAAGGCUAAAAAAGCCCGUGAGCAGGCAGCCCUCAAGAAUGCUCAGAGUCUCUUUGAGGAGCUGGAUGCUGAGAGGGAGAAGAAAGAGACCAAAAAGAAGGCAGCUGCCAAGAAAAGGGACAAGCGGAAACAAAAGAAGAGGAAUCAACAAGCAGAGAAAGUGGAGGCUCUGUGUUGUGAUGACGAGGAGGAAGGUGAUCAGGAGCAACGUCCAGUAGAGGGACGACAGGACCCAGAGGUCAGAGAGGUCACUGACUCACCACCCACCACCUUUGAACCAGCCUCUCAACCAGCAGAAGCCACAGCUGCUCAUUCUUCAACUGGUCCCAGUACCAACAAGAAGACACGCAAAAAAAGCAAGAAAAAAUCGAAGGCCAAUCAGGCGCAAGAAUCUAAUCAUGUGACCCUGGUCCCUCCCACUCCGUCUGGCUACCUCAGUGACUCUGCUGACUCACUGGAGUUCCAUGAUGCUCAGAGUGAGCUGCCAGAUUACCGAUCUGUAGAAUAUGCUCCUCCCAAGCCAGCGAGUGACGAGCUCAGUUCCUCUCAGGAUUCUGUCAAAGAAACAGCUGUCUUCAAGCAGGACACACACCCACUCUCCAGGCAGCAACCCACUCCUAGGCAACCAUCGAAGCUGGCUCCUCAGAUCAAGCUGCAGCGAUCGCUAAAAGCCGUGGAAAAGCAAAUCUCAGAUAAGGUCAAGUCUUCCCUGCCCUCGAAGAAUCAGAAAGAUAUUCGAUCCAGCUCUAAAUCUCAACCUUUUAAAGCCAGGACAAAACCAGUCUCCCCUUCAACGACGAAUGUGCCCCCGAUAACCAUUGCCACACAAGGAGCAGUGUCCAACAGUAUGCCAACCUCAAGCCACUCCAAAACCAAAUCCCAUGCCUCUAGUUCGGCCGACGCAGCUACUGUUGUUGCUAAGAACAGAGCCACUACUCCAUUGGCUCACAGGGAAGAGUGUGCUUCAAGUAGCAACACUCCGAAGAAACAAGGGCAGAGGGCAGCUGGUAGUGGGGAGCAGACCAACAAGGCGCUUCAUGUUCAGCCAUCACGCUCAACAAGAGAUGAUCGCACUGCAAGUGUCAGUCCAGCUCCGUCCAAUCAGAGCUUCUACGAUGAUGGUCAUGUGACUACUUCACAAGACUCGGCUGAUAAGGUAUCUGUGGCCCACGAUGAGAACGUGUGGAACACUAGGAAUGACUGGGAGGGGAUGGACUUGGUCAUGCUCUCUAGAUACAGCACUGAUGAUGACAAGAUCCGGUCUCAAAAGCUUCAGGCUGCUGCUGCUGCUCAGACGUACACACCGGCCACUCGUCCCAGCUCCACAGCUGCAUUCCCCACCCCCACCACCCACGCCACCACCCACUCACACUCCACACCUGUCACAAGUGGCGGCUCCACAGUCUCGUCCACUUCACAGAGCUGGCAUGAGGUGACCCGGACAACACGCACUGUGCAGCUGACUGUAUCCAAUAAUCUUGUGGGUAGGAUUAUCGGACGUGGUGGAUCCAAGAUCAACAAUAUUCAGGAUGCAUCUGGUGCCCACAUCAACGUGUCUAGAAACAUCCCCAAGUCCACUGACCGACUCAUCACCAUCAGGGGGACACAGCGAUCCAUCACUCGGGCCAAGGAGUUGAUUGAUGAGGCUCUGAGCACACCAGAGGGGGGUGCUCUCAUAUCAGCCACACCCUCUCCCGUCCCUUCUAUAGAUGGUGACGUCCGUCUCACACCCUCACACACCUCACAGCUGCAACGCUCCGUGUCACCAGCUACACAGCCUCCCAAGAGGAAGUAUGUCAAUGUGGUCCCCACCACCGUCACGUCCCCCUCAUCAAGCCACGCCUCCCUCACCACCACUGUCUCCGAGACUAGUCAGUACAUAUCCACAGAGAUAUCCUCUUCGAUAAACACUCUCUCUCCAUCUGAAGCAAUGGCUGAUAAAUCGUGCAGCUUAGCCGACAAGUCUGCUAAACUAAAUGCUUGGUCUCAUGAUAGUGGAGGUGGGUCGUUCGCUGCAGUGGCUGCUAACUCAGGCUCCACCCACCUUGAUGAUAGACCACACCUACUAAGACCGUCGUCAUCCAUGAGCUCCACAAAUAGAGCUGAUAUUCGGGAGAGUGACUUUGCUGAAGACCUUGAAUCCAACACAGACUUUCCUCCGCUGCUUGCAAGAUCGCACUCUGACCCUCAAAUGAACACCGAGGAACAGACUAAAGAAGGCGACAAAGACAAAGCAAAGGAGACUCAAUCUCUGGGAUUACAGAUAUCUAAAUUCCCGAUGGCUAACAAGCUCCCACCCAAUCGUUCCUUCUCCCCAACUAUGGCCUCCAUCGAUGCCGUUAGCCCGCAGAAGACAGAGCCACCACCAUCCAGUGUGCCGGUGGUGGAGAAAGUGCCGUUUUCCUCGCCUGGUUCAGAAGACACAGAAGAAGUGAUUGAAGAGGUGGCACACACCACCACGCCCUUCAGAGGACCUUCUAAAUCAGACGGACAAGUGGUCGGGCUAGCAGCAAUUGAGAAGACUGAGAGACACAGACAGCAUCGUGUGUCCCUUCCUGCCAAACCUCUUGCCACUGACAAUGACCCUUCGUCUGAUAUUCCCUCUGACCUCCCGGGCCGUGGUAACUACGGUGCCAUUGGUCCACCCCCUCGCAGAAUAAGCAUCCCCUCGUCAUUUGGUGGGCAGAUGUCUCCAUCACGGAAACUAUCCUAUGCUGGCCUCCCUCAGUUCAGACAGUUUCCCAACUCUCUGGAGAAUCUGGGAGAGAAUGACUCGCUCCAACAGCCACCACCUGGCAGCCCCCACCCUCCUCAAGAAGGGGUGUGGUUUCCUGAACCUAGCGGACCCAGGGAGAGAAGCUUCUCGUGGGCAGGACAGAAUUUCCAUGGCCCCCCACCAUUCCAACACCCCCCACAAGGGCCGUUCCCUCACAAACUACACCACCACCACCCAAAACCUGACCACUCCUUCUCUCCUCGCUCGUCCCCCGGCCCUCACCAUCGCGACGUUGCUCAUUCACAAGGUGUGUACGGAGCUAUCGGCAGCAGCGUGCCCUCCACACAUGCCACAAAAUCACACUCUCUCCCCAACCCUCACACCCCACCCCCUUAUCCACACUUGUUCAAUCGGGCCGAGAUGUGGAUGCAUUCGCAACCAGUUGCAAUGGGACAAAAUCGUCAACCCAAUACCUACGGCUUCCCCCCUCCGAGACCACCCCCUCAUUUCCACCCGCAACCUUUCCCCUCUCCUGGACCCCCCAUGGGGUUCAACCCAGGGCCCAAACCACUCGGUAAUCAUAGACCAGUCAGACACAGUUUCAACCACGAUGAGAACCAAGGAGGUGGUCACUGGGGGGGCAAGAGAUGGUCUGUACCAGGGUACAGUUCCUUCCCGAGGCCUGCCGUACCCAUCUGGGGUCAGCCCCCGCCUGGUCAUGCUCCACUGAUGCCUGAGCAACACGGAGACAAUCUUUUCCUGAGUGGCAAUGGGUCAUUAUCUGUAGGUGAUCCAUGGAGUUCUUCGUGGUCUAAUCUCUCCACUGUAUCGACUGCACCGACACCUCGCCAGGCUCCGCCCACUUCCUCUCAACCUCCGAUCCAUUAUCCAGUGAGCUCCUCAUCUUCGAAGGUGAUUGGGUCUGCACCAGCUGAGUCGUGGUUGAGCAGCUCAGCUGAGAGUGAAGGAUCUGAGCCGUGCGUGGGAGGAGAUCUGGGACAACUGUUGAAGAGCCUGGACAUCAGUGAUGAGCAUGUUCGUGCCCUCAAGGCCCGGAGACUCAGUCUCCAGCAGCUGCACUCCAUGUCAGAUGAGGAGUGGAGGAGCCUCAAACUGCCAGUCGGUCCACGAGUGAAGCUGAUGAAUGCUGUCUCCAACAUCACUUUGUCAGGAGAUGAGGGCAAGGGGGAGGGGAAGCCACCUCCUGAACAACCCGAGGAUCGGUCCACAGCCCCCAGUCACUGCACCCUCACAGACUAAUGACUCUUACCCAGUUCAUUUCAGUAGCUAGACAAGAACUUCUUCAACAUUGGUCAUUAUAAUAUAGCCUUAGUUGAGUUGAUCCGAUGUUUUGCUGGACAGGUACAUCAAUUUUGUGUCACCUACUCUACCACUAACUGUUUACUUGUUAUUGCAUUCUCUCUUAUCUUGCUUGAUUCAAUGUCAUGUAUUUUGUAUGCUUCUUUUUGGAAGUGGAUAAAUUGAUUCUAUAUCUUGUUCAAGAACAUG